AUGACACAAACUCAACAAAUGGAUAUUGCUUUGAGAUUCUGGAAUAAUGAUAGUAAUCAAUAUAAAUUAACUGCAUAUUCGCUAUAUGCCGCGGUUAGUGUAGGCCUACAAACGCAAGAUAUAAUUGAGUAUUUAAAGAGAUUGAGUAAGACUAGUAUUCCUGAUGGUAUAAUUGACUUUAUCAAACUGUGUACAUUGUCUUAUGGAAAAGUUAAACUUGUUCUAAAACAUAAUAAAUAUUUCAUUGAAUCACCAUUUCCUGAAGUGCUGCAACGAUUACUAAAAGAUCCAGUAAUUCAAGAGUGUCGAUUAAGAAAGCUUGUGGAAGAUACAGAAACCGAUGAUAUUGUCACAAAUGUUCAUGCGAAAAUAAAAGUUUCACAGUUUGGAUCAAAAACAGUCGUAAAUAUGUCUAUGCUUAGUAAGACAAAUUCAGAGAUUGAAUCUGAUCCAAUAUUAACAGAAGUAGCUACCAUUCCAGAAGAUAUAACUGCUUUUUAUGAUAAGAUUGACAAGGAGGAUGAAGAUGAAGAAGAUCAAGAAUUGAAAACAGUUAGUUUUGAAGUGAAUCAGGAGAAAAUUGAAGUUAUACAAAAACGAUGCAUUGAGUUGGAGCAUCCUUUAUUGGCAGAAUAUGAUUUUCGCAAUGAUAGUGUAAAUCCUGAUAUAAAUAUCGACUUAAAGCCAUCAGCUGUAUUAAGACCUUAUCAAGAAAAAAGUUUAAGGAAAAUGUUUGGAAAUGGACGAGCUAGAUCCGGAGUAAUAGUCUUACCUUGUGGCGCUGGUAAAAGUUUAGUUGGAGUAACAGCUUGCUGUACAGUACGUAAACGUGCCCUAGUGCUAUGUAAUUCCGGUGUAUCCGUAGAACAAUGGAAGCAGCAAUUUAAAAUGUGGUCUACUGCUGAUGAUUCAAUGAUUUGUCGUUUCACCAGCGAAGUAAAGGAUAAACCUAUGGGUUGUGGAAUAUUAAUAACUACGUAUUCCAUGAUCACACAUACUCAGAAACGUUCGUGGGAAGCUGAACAAACGAUGCGUUGGCUUCAAGAACAAGAAUGGGGUAUUAUGGUCUUGGAUGAGGUGCAUACUAUUCCUGCAAAAAUGUUCCGUAGAGUGUUAACAAUUGUUCAGUCUCAUUGCAAGUUAGGUUUAACAGCUACACUCUUACGAGAGGAUGACAAAAUUGCCGAUCUGAAUUUUUUAAUUGGUCCUAAAUUAUAUGAGGCUAACUGGUUGGAAUUGCAAAAAAAGGGAUUUAUUGCAAGAGUACAAUGUGCAGAAGUUUGGUGUCCUAUGACAUCAGAAUUUUAUAAGGAGUAUCUUGUUUGCAAAAUGAGUCGAAAACUGUUAUUAUAUGUGAUGAAUCCAAAUAAAUUUCGUUGUUGCCAAUAUUUAAUCCAAUAUCAUGAAAAACGUGGCGAUAAAACAAUUGUUUUCUCUGACAAUGUGUUUGCACUGAGACAUUAUGCUAUUAAAAUGAAUAAACCAUAUAUUUAUGGUCCUACUAGUCAGAGUGAAAGGAUACAAAUCUUGCAAAAUUUUAAAUUUAACAUGAAAGUGAAUACAAUAUUUGUCAGUAAAGUAGCUGAUACUUCUUUUGAUUUACCAGAAGCUAAUGUCUUGAUUCAAAUUUCAUCUCAUGGUGGAUCUAGAAGACAAGAAGCACAACGAUUAGGACGCAUUCUUAGGGCUAAAAAAGGUGCAAUUGCGGAAGAAUAUAACGCAUUCUUUUACACGCUUGUAUCACAAGAUACGAUGGAAAUGAAUUACUCCCGAAAACGUCAACGAUUUCUCGUGAAUCAAGGAUACGCGUACAAAGUUAUCACAAAACUUGCAGGCAUGCAUGAGGAGUCAGAUUUGAUGUAUGGAAAUCGAGACGAGCAGGGUCAAUUAUUGCAACAAGUAUUAACAGCUAGCGACACUGAUGCGGAUGAAGAAAGAAUACCAGGAGAGGGACCAAAACCAGGUGGAUCACUUCAUGCGAAAUGCCCCAUAUACGUUGGCUCUGCGAUUUAUUCACCACAGAUGGAUUUGACCUACAUGUGUAAGCUCUCUUCGUACGCCACGAUUUUCACCGCUGAGGCAUGGGCCAUAUAUAAUGCCCUUUUAUUCGUUCUUCAUAACAACAUAGAACGGGCUGUUAUCGUAUCUGAUUCUAAAAGCGUUCUUGACACGUUGAAGGGUUACUCCGACAAAACAACUGCAUUAUUUUCUACAUUAGAGCCCUCAUUGAAGAAGCAAAAUUUAACAACACUUUUAUUACUUUUAUCUGGAUCCUGUCUCACUGUGGCAUAGAAGGAAAUGAAAUUGCGGAUCAACUUGCCAAAAGAGCCAUCAAAGAAGGUAUUGACUCUAACUUCAAGCUUCCGUACUCGGAUAUAUUCACCAUACCUAAAAGACAGCUGGACCGUAAUUUUGAUCUCUACCUGAAGAAUUCAUCCUCUCAUAAGGGUUGCUACUUUUUCGAGAACUGCUACAACAAGGAUAGCAAGAAUCCUUGGUUUUACGGAUCUCGGCUCUCCCGCGUCAUGAUCACCACCUUCAAUCGCCUAAGAAGUAAUCACUACAACCUUAACUUCAGUCUUUUCCGGAAAAAUUUAAUUGAGGACCCUUCCUGUCCUUGCGAUGCAUCUAUCCAGGACCUUGUGCAUUUUGUUUUUCAUUGCCCGCUCACUGAUGCUCAUGCUGCUCCUCUUAGGAAUGCCUUACGUGACCUCAUCUCAGAACCUAUUCAAGAUCCUUACUCCUCUAUUAUUCUAGCACUUAAUGCACCUUCCUCUAAAAUUAUCCGUCUAUUUGUUGCUUUUACCCAUGCUUGUGAUCAUUCUCUAUAAUUCAAAUUUUCGCGGCGCUCUUUCACGGAC